AUGAAGUUGGUCAGAUUCUUGAUGAAACUUUCGCACGAAACCGUGAACAUCGAGCUGAAAAAUGGAACCCAAGUUUCUGGUACCAUCAUGGGAGUAGACGUCGCCAUGAAUACGCAUCUUCGUGCGGUUUCAAUGACCGUCAAAAACAAGGAACCUGUGAAGCUCGACACACUCUCCAUCAGAGGCAACAACAUCAGAUAUAUCAUCUUGCCAGAUCCACUCGCCCUGGACACUCUUCUCAUUGACGAUGAGCCAAGAAAGAAGGCCCGCGCUGCUCGUGCUGGAGCAUCUCGAGGUCGCGGAGGUCGUGGUGGUAUGCGAGGAGGCAGAGGAGGCCGCGGUCGCGGACGUGGAGGACCUCGUGGAGCUGGGCCCCGUCGUUAA